AUGCCAAUUUUUCGCCCUGCUCAUCUGCAACUUUCUCGUCGACUUCGCGGUCUCGGUACCCUAAUUCAUGGGAAUGCUCGACAGCGUUGCAGUGGCAAAAAAGAAAAAAAAAAAAACCAAUCGAAAACGCAAAAAGUUCCGAUGCUACGCUUCAAAUCCGUUUUUGUUUUGUGUUACCCUUCUGAACCAGAAAAAAAGCAUAGAUCUAACGUAGCAUUUCACACGCAACACAGUGUUUGUGCCUCGUGGGAAAAAACGAAAAAAAAAAUCACAAUGGGCGGAAAGAAAAGGAGACAUUGGGAAAGAACAAAAAGAAAGAAAGGGCUGUGGCGCGCUUCGGUUUUAUUCGCGUUUCCGUGCCCUUUCUGCCCACACUCUUUCCCUCUCUACAAAACAAAAAGUGAAAAACCAAAAACAACAGAAAUGGCCACUCGAGUUCGGCUGUCGCGUCACCGUCGCGCCCUUCUCGUUUUUUUUUUUUCGGUUCUGGCUCGCGGUAUUUUGUGGUUUUGUGGUUUGGCUGGA